CAAAAACGAAGGAGAAGAAAUCCGGAUUCCUUUCAUUGCUAAACACCAGUGUAUAUCCUGUCGAUGUCAAAACAGGAGGGUGGUAUGUAAUGAAAAAUGUCCACACCGCCAAAAAAAAUACUGUUAUUUUUUACUUCAUGGCCAGAGGGAGAGCUGCUGUGAUGUUUGUAAGGGAUGUUCUGUUAAUGGUACUAGCUACGAGAGUGGAUCUACGUGGACUGACUCAAUUGAUCCCUGCCGAAUGUUUUCUUGUCAGUCAGGAGUUGUUACUGAAGCAAUGAUCCACUGUCACGUGCCUUGUCGAAACCAUCAACCCCCUGUAGCUGGCGAAUGCUGUCCUUCUUGUAAAGGUUGCACUCUGGGAGGACGCACGUAUUCAGAUAACGAGGAGAUAGAAGUAACCCAGGCAGACCCGUGUGUUCAGUGCAGCUGUAAAAAAGGGAACAUUGCGUGUAUAAAGACUGUGUGUCCUGUCCUACCUUGCCCUGAAUAUAAAUAUACAAUCAAGCCUGGUGAAUGCUGUCCAAGUUGCAAAGGUAAUCGUAAAUUUAACAACUUCAACGGAAGUUGUUUAGUUGGAAUGACACUAAUCAAACACGAGCAAACGAUGGUCUUUGACCGUUGCACCAACUGCACGUGUAAAAACUCCACUACAAUUUGCCAACGGACGGUGUGUCCGCCUGUCCACUGUCCACCAGAUUUCCAAGAGUUCUUACCAAAUCAAUGUUGCUACAGAUGUCGAGAACCAGAGGAGAGUAAAGCAACAUGCGGGGACGGUGGACGAAUAUACCAGGAUGGAGAAAGUUGGAAAAAAGAAAGGUGUACUACGUGUUCAUGUAAAGAUGGUAAGGUUAUGUGUGCUGCGUUGGAGUGCUUUCGACAGUCCUGCCCCAAGCGGCAUAAACUGAAAACAUUACCAGGAGUAUGCUGUCCAACAUGCGUGGAAGAAGACGGCGUGUGCUCAGUGUUCGGUGACCCCCACUACAGGACGUUCGAUGGCCGUAUCUUUACCUUUCAGGGUUCUUGCAAGUAUCUUCUGACUAACGACUGUAAAGGUAAUAAAAGUUUUUCCAUCCAAGUUAUCAACGAUCCUCGACACACAAAGACUUUCUCUUGGACCAAAGUUGUCAAAAUAAAGGUCGGCGAAAGCAAAAUACGAAUGGCUAGGUUUAUGAAGGUGAAGAUAAAUAAGAAGAAAGUCCAGUUACCAUACGUUAAACUGGGUUCUUUUUCAAUAGUACAAGAAGGCUACAACAUCGUUACAAGAACUAACUUGGGAAUUAAGAUGAUGUGGGAUGGGGGAAGUUUUUUGGAAGUGUCUGUACCACCAGAGUUCAAGAACCAGAUGUGUGGACUUUGUGGAAAUUACAACGGUGAUUCCAAGGAUGACUUUAUUACCAGAAAUGGAAAUGUUGUAUCUGAUGUUGAUAUUUUCGGUAAUGAUUGGAAAAGAGGGCGCGAACGUCGGUGUAAACCAUUAGUUUCAACAAAAGCUCGGGAUUCGUCAUGUGGACACAACUGGGAAUCCCGAAUCAGAGGAAUUCAAGAAUGUAACGUUUUGAAAGUCGCCUCCGUUUUCCAUCGAUGUCACUCUCAGGUUGAUCCAAUGCCAUACUACCAGUCUUGUCUUAUUGACAUGUGUGAGUGCCCCCUAACAGAGAGAUGUUACUGUGAGGCUCUUCACGCCUAUGCCAGGGAAUGCGAGCGGGCCGGAAUUGUGCUGAACUGGCGAAAGAACACAGGAUGUGAAAAUGUUUAUUGUCCGAAAGGCGCCGUUUUUACCACCUGUGGUACAGCGUGUAAGCGAACCUGUCGGAACUACAGACAAAACAAGCCUUGCAGACGGCGCUGUAAGCCUGGUUGCAUCUGUCCAGCGGGAACUGUUUUACAAAAAAAUAGAUGCGUUUCGAUAGAAAAAUGUUAUCCAUAACUUUACACGAAAUGGCUUUCAAGCAAUGUAUGACAAAACAAAUAUUUAGUUUGACUGCACACUGACUUCUUUAACAGAUUGCAGGAAUUUCCAGCGGGUCUGGAUGUAUCGGAUGUUGUUUUUGUCUUAUCUGUUCAUAAGACAAAAUAUAUAUAUAUUGGGGCAUAACGGUAAUAAGAUAUGCAGCCACUAGAUAUCAUUUCUUAUGGUUAGUGAAGCACAAAAAUAAGAAACGCAAAAUGCGACUGACCAAAGAGGCGGUACACGUCGUCCGUAACGCAGAUGUGUACCGCAAAAUUAGUGCUUCCGAUAAUGUUCUAGGUGUUUCACGCUUCGUGAUCAAGCUUUGAAAAUCCAGAGAUGUGUGCACCUACAUGCGAUUUAUAUUUCUCCAAUAGAACUAUUUAGAUUCAACGGAUCUAAGAAAUAUAAACGUAUUAGUAGUAUUAAACCAAACUCUAAUCUGUAUCAACUAGAUGACAUCUAGAUGAUGUGAUUGAUACACACCAGCUUUCUAUAUGAUGAGCUAAAUCUUUAUGUAAUCUCAUGUUAGCCUAACUGAAUGAAAGGUAACGAGAAUAAAGUAACAAUAAUUAGCAUACUAUUUUUCUAUGGAUAAUUUUUGUUAAUUAUCAAUAAAUAUUUUAGGAGACUGUUUACUUUACAGUGCUUUGCGAAAGUAUUCACUGUCCCUGCAAAGUUUCCACAUUUAGUUGCCGUCUGAGCUUGCAAUCAUGAAACUUUCAAAUG